GUCAUUCAGUCAGGAGGGGCAGCGCCAGGCAGCAGAGCAGCGGCGGGGCUGCCUCCUCCUUCUUCCUCCUCCUCCUCUUCCUUCUCCUCCUCCUCCUCCUCCCAUUGCCAUAACAACCGCGCACAGCCGCUGCGCCCGCGGUACCGGCGGCGCCGCUCCGCGCCGCUCCGCACCGCUCCGCGGCCGGGAGGCUGAGCAUCCCCCGGGGCCCCGCAAGGGGGGUGGGGAAGAAAACAGUGGUAUCCCUCCCCCCAAAAAGAGAAAAAAAAAAACAAAAGGGACUUUUUCGCUGGGUGGGUCUAUCAGGAACCAAAGUGACCCCGACAGGCUGCGCGCAGCUGCUGUGCAGGGUGCGGAAAGAGGGAGGGACGGGGGAACCCCGCGAGUGACUCCGCGGGGCGGUGCGGAGGAGGGGAAAGAGGGGAUAGAGGAGGGGGCGGCAGAGAAAGUUGGUAGGAAAUAGCCCAGGAAAAGUGGCACUAGCGGAGCCCGCCGGAGCGCGGAGGAAAUAAAAGCGGCGGCGGGCAGGAAGUGUGAGGAGGGGAAGGAAGGGGAGAAGAAGGAGGAGGAAGAAGAAGAAGAAGAAACAGCAACAGCAGCAGCAGCCGCCGCCGCGGCAGAAGAGAAAGCAAAAGCCGCGCACGGCUCGGUGCCGCUCGCGCCAGCAUCCGCGGGGCUGCCCGGGGUUGCGCGCCGUGGCCAUGGCCCGGGAGAACGGGGACGGUGGCGGCUCCUGGAAGAAGCAAGCGGAGGACAUCAAGAAGAUCUUCGAGUUCAAGGAGACGCUGGGGACGGGUGCAUUCUCUGAAGUUGUUUUGGCUGAAGAGAGAGCAAGUGGGAAACUCUUUGCAGUCAAGUGCAUUCCCAAGAAAGCACUGAAGGGAAAAGAAAGCAGCAUAGAGAAUGAAAUUGCAGUCCUGAGAAAGAUCAAGCAUGAAAAUAUAGUUGCCCUGGAAGACAUCUAUGAAAGUCCAAACCAUUUAUAUCUGGUCAUGCAAUUAGUGUCUGGGGGAGAGCUUUUUGACCGCAUUGUUGAGAAAGGGUUCUACACCGAGAAGGAUGCCAGCACCCUGAUCCGGCAGGUCCUGGAUGCUGUCUACUACCUGCACCGAAUGGGCAUUGUGCACAGGGACCUCAAGCCCGAGAACCUGCUUUACUAUAGCCAGGAUGAAGAGUCAAAAAUCAUGAUCAGUGACUUCGGAUUGUCAAAGAUGGAGGGUAAAGGAGAUGUGAUGUCCACAGCCUGUGGGACUCCUGGCUAUGUUGCUCCUGAAGUGCUGGCCCAGAAGCCCUACAGCAAAGCUGUGGACUGCUGGUCCAUUGGGGUCAUCGCAUACAUCCUGCUUUGUGGGUAUCCCCCUUUCUACGACGAAAAUGACUCCAAGCUCUUUGAGCAGAUCCUUAAGGCGGAGUAUGAGUUUGACUCUCCGUAUUGGGAUGACAUCUCUGAGUCUGCUAAAGACUUCAUUCGGAAUUUGAUGGAGAAGGACCCUAAUAAAAGAUACACCUGUGAGCAAGCAGCACGGCACCCUUGGAUUGCUGGGGAUACAGCGCUCAACAAAAACAUCCAUGAGUCAGUCAGCGCUCAGAUCCGGAAGAACUUUGCAAAAAGCAAAUGGAGACAAGCGUUUAACGCCACAGCCGUCGUGCGGCACAUGAGGCGGUUACACCUCGGCAGCAGCCUGGACAGUGCCAGCACCAGCGUCUCCAGCACCCUCAGCCUCGCUGCGCCGCUUCCCGAUGCAGCCACACGGAAAGAUUGUAUGUCUCCAUCCACUCUCUGUAGUUUUGUUUCAUCUGCUUCUUCAGGCGUUUCUGCGGUAGGAGGGGACCGGAGACCCAGACCCACCACAGUGACCACAGUGCACACAGGGAGCAAGUGAGAGCUGGGGCGGCGAGGAGCAGGCAGGCAGCGGGGCUGGCAGGUUGCCCCUGCACAUCCCACCCUGCGGUGCUCGCUCUGCGAAGGACUAGAAGAAAGAAGAUUUUUUAUGGCCAUAUUUUAUACUGCAAAUUCUGAAAUGUUUCAUUUAUCACAAACUGCAAUGACUCCAGGGGGAACGGAUCUAACAGUCUCUGGUGCUGUACAUAUAUAUACAUAUAUAUAUAAAUAUAUAUAUAUGUGAGUCUAGCGAUGUUCUAACCAAUGAACACUCAUUCUUCUCCCCAUUGAUUUACUCUUUUUCUCAGUGUAGGUAACAGUAUAUGUUGUAUUUUUUUUUCCAUUAACUACAAACAUCUCAACUGGAUUAUUUAAAUAGAGAUACUUUUCUGAGCAUUAUAUUUUUUUUUUCUUUUAAAAAGUACUUCCAGUAAUGUCCCUCCUUCCACUUUGCUGGAGGAUAGGCUAUUUCUGUAGGUAGGAAUUGACGUUACCUUUGCAACAUGGGAGUAUUUCAGUGGCAUGCCAUUUCUUGCUCCUCAAAUUGGGCUGUAAGUCUGGCUUCAGCAGAGCUGUUACUGUUCAGAUUAAAGAACUGCUGCUUUCCCUCCCCUCGUCCUUCUUGAAAGCCAUGGUGAGAGUUAAAUUGCCACCAGCUGGGAGCCAGCUCAUCUUUGGCCUCAUUCCUGUAGUGCUGGGGAUCUGCAGCACCCUUGUUUCAGCAGAGAGGCAGAUACAUGGUACCAGUCAGGAGCCAACCAGAGCUGAGCAAAAGAAAUGAGAGAGCACAGUCUCAUCCUACAGCUCCUAUCUCCUCCGAGUCACUGUGAGUUAUGGGCAGGGUGAAAGAAAAGGAAGAUGUAAGGCCUAGAGCCAUAUUCAUCACCUGCCACUGACUCAUUUGCCCUCUGGCAAGACAUUUAAUUCACCAAUCUCCUCCCAGCCUGGCCUCUGGUAUGGGGCACAUCCAGUCCGAGGGCUCAGUGCCAGAGGUGCUGAGCACCUGCAGCUUCUCAGGGCUUUGCCUGGCAUUGCUGAUGCUCAGCACCUCCCAGAGAGGCCAAAACUGGGUAUUGAAACCAAACAGAAAACUUUGGACCUCAAUCUCUGUGUGCCUGGUUUCACCCCCAGGAGAGGGGAGAUGCUUGAACCCUUCUGUGAAUCACUGGCAGGUUCUUGGAUGCACAGUGCAGGAUCUGGUGUAGCAUUGCUCCAUCACGCCUAAGGCUGUCUGAGGGCUGUCAAGGAGCACUGAGCAGGACCUCUGCCAAAAGGCUUGGGCACAUGCAGGGGCAGUGGUGGCACUGCCUCCUCCUCCUCCCUUGAAGCUCAUAGACAAAAGCAAGCUCAACUUCCCUGUUAAUGACUAGGUACAUGCACUUCCCAAGCUCCGUGUGCUGGUGCAUCCAUUAGGAACAGCCACUGUAACUGUCAUGCAGCCAUGCAUUAAAGCAGCAUGAAACAGAAAGGAGAGAAAUAUCUGCCCAGAAAAGCUCCAGGUUACUUCUACACCAUUCCCAGCUGUGAUUUUCCUUUGAGGAGGAGAGAAGGGAGGCAGGCAGCAGAGGCAGGCAGCUUUCCCUGGCCACUGUGAGCCUCUUGCACCCCAAACAGGUCCAUCCUGUGCCAUUCCCUGCAGCAUGCUCCACUGCCAUGCUUGUCUCAUUUAUCCUGCACAAGAAAUUGAGAAAGUCAACCAUAGACAUAGCUGAAUAUAUCAGGCAAUAGUGACCAUGCUGGGAAAAGAUGAUAAGCAUUUUUCACUGAGACUUCAAAAUCCUGCUUCAGCUUCAGUCAGUUGGCCUCAACUGGCAGAGCCAGGAUUUCAUCCAUCAUACUUUGAGUGCUGAAAGCUGGAAAAGCAGGUGGCAGUGAGCACUGAUUCUGUUUUAAAUAGCCAGUCCUUUCAUGCCACUUACACCUGUUGUACCAAAUAGAUCUCAGUAUUCAGCUGCUCCCCACUUUCAGAGGGCUGUGGCAAUCUGACUGAGCCCCUGGGAGCCCUGGUUGCCCCCCACCAUGUUGCAGAUGGCAUGGAUGCUCCUGCAGAAAGGUUUCAACUUCAACAUCUUCACCUCAGAGCAGCCUUCCAAUAUCUGAAGGGGGCGUACAAGGAUGCUGGAGAGAGGCUCUCCAUCAAGUGACUGUAGUGAUAGGACAAGCAGUGAUGGGUUUAAAUUUAAACAGGGGAAGUUCAGGUUAGAUAUAAGGAAGAAGUUCUUUACUGUGAGGGUGGUGAGGCACUGGAAUGGGUUGCCCAGGGAAGCUGUGAAUGCUCCAUCCCUGGCGGUGUUCAAGGCCAGGUUGGACAGAGCCUUGGGUGACAUGGUUUAGUGUGAGGUGUCCCUGCCCAUGGCAGGGGGUUGGAACUGGAUGAUCUUAAGGUCCUUUCCAACCCAAACCAGUCUGUGAUUCUAUGAUUCUGUGAUUUUAGGAAAGAUGCCACAUGGUGGUCUCUUGGGGGGUGGCAGCAAAACUCUGGUGAGAACUUGUGACUGAGAUUUGGGCACACUGAAGGGCAGGGGAUCUUCCUGCUGCAAGUCCCACUCCUUGACCCUAUCCCCUGGCCAUUGCCAUCAUAUAAUCCUGCCCACUAACAAGGAGCUUGGUUGGUAUUUACCGUCAGAACUCUUUACGUUUUGCUGCAAAGGUAUCUGAAAAAGAAUAUAAAACAAUUUAAAGUCAUUCUAAGGCCACUUUAUUUUGGCAGGCUCAAUAAGGAAGGUUUAGUUUAGGAGAGUCUCCUCUCCCAAGAAAUUGAAGUUAUUUUGAAACCCCAUGAUUUUGUAAGCCCGGCUGGCCCUAUUCUGCUCCAGUUGCAGGGAUGUGAUUAGGCAGUCUCCCAGUUUAGCAUCAGUGGAGUUCCCCAUGUUUACACAUGUGCAACCAAAACCAGGAUUUGGUUAGGCAAUAAUUUGUCAUUUUAGAAUGGUUUUAAAGAUUCAGGUUCAAGCGUUUCCUCUUUGCUUUCUCUUCUGAAACCUGAGGUCUGGUUUGAACUUGACGUAGUUGCUGAGGCCUCUAAUCAAAAUACAGCCUCCAAAUGUAUCUUGCAGGAAAAAAGGAAAGCAAAUGGAUUUCCAUCUGCAAAACAAAGAGCAGUGAUGGAAGCAAAGGCAGACAUGCUGUCCUGCAGAUGCGGAGGGCUUGUUCCCGUAUGCUAUGCUGCCUCUCCUUGCUGGAUGCUUCCCUUGGUUUUUAUUAGGAGGGUAUUCUUUCCUUCCACACUUGGAAUUAGAGUGAUUUCUCUUCCCUCCUGCAAGUAAUAUUCUGCCUUAGUUGUGUAAUUUAUCGUCAUUCUCUUUGGCUUAAUAUCAACUGCUGGGAUCUUAACACAAGAAACAGAAGCACUUAAAAGCAAAAUUAGUUCUUUCUGCUACAGUUUGGGUGCUGGGAAGCUCUGCUUUUAUAUCAGUGAAACACAGCUGGAAUCCUCACUGGAGUUCACCAAAUGCUUAGAGAUCUCUCCACUGAGUCCUGAAGUAUCUCUUGGUUAAAAUUUCUUAGUUUAAGUCUGGGUAAAUCUGUUAAGUGCACCCAGGCCCGAUUUAUGGAGGGGGCAGAACAAAAACUCCAGCAUUGCUUGCCAGGGAUGCUCCAGUGCCUUUGCGUGUCCUUCCCCUGCUCCAGUCCACCUCUGCUCAGCCACUCUCACACACAAAUGCUAAGCCAGAAGUCAGUAAUGUGUGCAUGUGGAGAAGGGGCUAAGAGACCCAAAGGAGAAGAUUUAAAUCAAAUCCCCAGCUGGCCUUGUCAUGAAGGUGUAGGUAGAAAAAUCCCUCUGGGCUCUUUCCCAAUGGACCAUCCUACUAAACAGUGUGUGAUUUACACCUCACAUAGAAGGAAGAAAUUCUUUACUAUGAGGGUGGUGAGGCACUGAAAUGGGUUGCCCAAGGAAGUUGUGAAUGCUCCAUCCGUGGCAGUGUUCAAGGCCAGGUUGGACAGAGCUUGGGUGCCAUGGUCUAGUGUGAGGCAUUCCUGCCCAUGGCAGGGGGGUUGGAACUGGAUGAUCUUAAGGUCCUUUCCAGCCCAAACCAUUCUGUGAUUCACAUGAGGACUUCAGCCUGGGCUCACCUGUCUGUUACCCUUCCCUGCUUUAUUUUACUGGUACCAAUGUGCUUUUCCUUUGUAACUCAUUUUCCUCAGCUCCUUCCCCUUCUUUUUCUUUGCUUGCAGCUUUGAUUGUUGAUUUUUACCUCCAGAGUCACAGAGGCCAUCUCUGAUGCCAACAGCAGUGCACUUGCUGGGAGAGCAAACAAGCAAACCAAAAUCCAGAAAACCUCCAGCUGGCCCCUUAGCCUGCAGAAGAAGUUGUGAGGACAGGCUGCCCAUGUGAACUCUGCGAGCUGAAAGUCAGUAUUGUAGUGGCAGGGGCUUCUACUGCUGAUUUUGCAUGUGACUUCAUUCCCAGUACAUCCUAACUUUCUGCUGGAUCACCCCUUCUGCAGCAUGGAAUGGAUAUUGGCCCCAUGGCACGGCUAAGUGGGGAAGUAGAAGUAUAGGGAAAACCUGUCAGUGAUGCUUUCCUGAGACUGUGUUACUCUGCUGGUGAUGUUUCUUUUGUCCUGGUUGCUAUUGUAGAGGUUCCAUUAGAGUAGUGGGUACAGAAAAAAACAAGUAGGAUUUUACCUAUGCCUUGUGUGUCUGUUAUGGUUGUGGUGCUGAAAUAAAACCAAGCAGUGAUAGAGGUUUGUUCUUGAAAUGAAUAAAACAACAGAAAGUGUGUCAGCCCACUGGUAGACACCUCCACGUAGUUCUGCAGUAGGGAUUAGUGGUUUCCACUGUGUAUGUGUCCUCCAUACCUACACAGUGAUUGACCGCAUUCUUAUUAUAACCACUUCUCCCCUGCCUGGCCCUGAGGGACUUUGAGGCUUGUCCAAAGCUUUUCCCAGGCCCAGGAGCCAACACAGCCCUUGAUCUCUGACUUUUCUCCCCAAAUCCUCUGCAAACCAGAACAUGGACCUCCAGGGUGCCCUAGAAAUGCAGUGGAGCUGAUCGUCAGGCUUCCCCUUCCUUAAGUGUGACCAUAUUUUUAGGGAAACAAAUCCCCAAGGAAAGCCAGAUCGCUUCCAGCCAUUGGCAGCCAGUGAGAAUAUUGUCCUUUGAUCUGAACUUGGCAUUGGCUCGAUCAGAUAUAGGGAAACCUGUGCUGUUAUUUCCCCCUGUGGUAACAGUUCCAGGCCUGAGCAGCACUGGGUGAGCACUGCAUAAAACCACCAGACUGACUUUGCCAACAAGAUCAUGCAGACUGUAACCUGCUGCUUUUGCUCUUUCCAAAGAGCCAAGGGAUUCAUCUACUGGCAAAAUAAGUUUCUAGACUGAGCCCUGAGGUGCAGAAGUAGCUUCCUGUCAGUGUACAGAAUUCAGUGGGAUUAUUUGCGUUCUUUAUCCCAUGCAUAUUUAUCCAUCUGAAUUGGUGCCUGAAUGCAUCCCAGAAAUUAUUCAUGGGAAGGGAGUUUUGCCUUCAUUAUCAUGCUUAUUUGCACCAGAAACUUGAUGCUAAGUGUUACACUCAUUCAAGCAAAAAGUGGAAACACACAGAGACGUUGGUAUCCAAGGAAAACAGCAUCAAAACCAAGCGUGGAGGAUUAGUUGGCAGAUCCCUGCCAGCAAUGGCUGAGUGAGGAAACAGCAACCUGCUCACAAACGCUGCAUGAACAGCUUCCCCUAGUCAAUCAGGCAUUCCAUAUUUCCGGCCCAGCAGCAAGUUUUACACAAUCCCUGUAAUUUUACCCUGCAUCCCUGCAGCUGAGUCCUGCCUUCCCAUCCUGUCCGCUGGGGUGGUUUGGUCUCCGUGAUGCACGUGUGUGCAUGUAUGUGUGUGUGUGCGUGUUGUGGCCCCAGGGAUGACAGAUCCCUCCGGUGGGAGAUCAGGAGUUGGUUCAGGGUUUUUGGCUUGACUUUGCAUGGUUGGGUCAAAGCUGUGUAAAUAGUUUAUAGGGCAGGAUAAAGGAUCUUUAGCCCAGACUCUGGUUUUCAAGACCCCUUCCCACCGCGAACUGUGCCACUGGUUUGUUCAGGUAGCCAUUUUUUAGCCCCUCUUCGUAAAUGAUAAGGUCAGAAGAGUGGCUCUUACAUUUUUUCCACGCUCCAGAGUGGAAUCAGGGCAUGUAUGCUCACAAGCAUUGUGAAAAAAAUCACUGCUGAACUAAUGAUGACACAAAUGUCCAAUAAAUGCAUGAUACUGCACUGCAUGUAUUAAACUGCUGUUCACUGUUUCUGUAUUUCCCAAGCCUUUUCUUUAUUCACCUUCAACCCAACCUUUUCUUCGAGGGGUUUACUUCUACGUUUUGCUUUUAAAUGACUCAAUGUAUCUGUAACUCAAAAUCCAUCUUUAAGUUUGAGUAAAUGCAAAAGCUGAUGUUUUGUAAACAAGAUACUGCAAAGCCUGGUAAUAUAUUUUGUCUUUCUGUUGAAUGCUCUGCAGCAUGUACAGGAAGAGUCACCAUCCAGAGCAGCUUAAAACUAUGCAGCAGUCAUGUACACGUCUAGAAACAGGGAGUCGGGGAGGGGAGGUUCCCUUUUUGAAUAUAAUGCUUAAAAACUUGAUCUGCGUCAAAAAUUCCUUCCUUGGGCUGCUAAUGCUCAGGAUUACCAAGAAGCAUGUUGGUGUGUCUCUUUGUUUUCUCUUUUUUUCCUUUGUCUUGUUUUUCUUAGUCAGAAUUUAGACCGGUCCACUCAAUUCUUAGUAUUCUUUCUCUUCCUACAAGAUAGUUCUUUCUCACCUGUUGCAGAAUGAACUGCAUUUUGGGGACCAAGAUGCUGCGAUUCUUUGCCUGCACAAAAUAGGGCAGAGAGCUGAGCUAAUUAUCCCAUCCUUCCCAAAGCAUCACCACUAAGACAAUAGCAUUUGAUCCUUGAACCUCCAUGUAGCACCACCAUUUAUCCAUGGAAGUGUUUGAUAUGGUAUUUUUCUUUCUUCCACAUGUCCUUGCCUCCUCUUUCCUUGAUCAUUCACACAUUUUAAUUUGUGCUGGUCUUCCUAAGGCAGGGUACAGGAUGGCCACAUGCUACUUACUUGUAGUAGCUCUGGACCAGCCCUCUCAUGGGUAUCAGCAGGGCAGUGGUCCCAGCUCCUAAGUGGUUGCUGUGUUAGUGCGGGAAAUACUCAAGUUCCCAGUACGCAAAGCAGAGUCAUCUGAAAGGGCGGCAAAAUUGCUCUAGAUUCUUGGCAAGGACAUGACAAGCAGAAGGGCUGGAGAGAAAGCAUCAUACUGGUGUCACAGGGAGCAAGUAUCAGUCCUUGGGAAUUAUGCAAGGACUACUCCGUGGUGGCUGAAAGCAACAAGAAGCCUUGAGCCCGCCUUCAAGGCUGGUGCUCAGCCAGGAUACUGUGCCAUUGCAGAAGCGCUACAUGGCAGCAUGAAAAUCAUCGUUAUUAAUGGCUGUAAGUCAGCCUGAGUUCAGAUUGCUGAGGCAGCACGUGGUGCAGGGCUCCAUGAAGAGGUGGAUGUGUGCUGUGGUUCUGGGUGGGUGGGAGCUUCGAGGGGUGUGCUCAGAGUAGCUCUGAGCUUUUCUAUCUGUCAUCUGCAUCCCCUGAGCAAGCAUGGCAUCACUCAUGCUAUGUCUUACUAGAUCAAGCUGUAGCAUGACCCCCAAAAUGAAGAGCGUGGAAGGUUGUAGCUCAGUAGGAGAUACAGUGUGACAUGUUUCUGGUCAACACAAUGUCAGUGUCCUGUCGUACACUGGCCCCUAGUUAAGAAACAGCAUUUUGGUCAGUUUGGACAUUUUUUAGACAGAUAAUUUGAUUUGGGUCAGCAAACAAUGAAUAAAAGCCUGGUCUGCCCAGAGUAGUGACUCCCCAGAUAUCCCCAACAGCAAAACAUCUUGGUUUCACUCAAUGAAAACGCAAGCAUGUUUUCUACAAAGGCUUAAAUCUUAAUCAAGGAAUGUCAGUGUGCCUAAUAUUGCAGGUCUUGUGAUUGAUACAAGUUCAUAACAGCAUCCAUGUCCAAAAAGAAGGGAGAAUGUGUAUUUACUCCGUGCAUGUUUUAAGGCAUCGCAAAAGUUUUAUCUGCAUAAUGAGUUUGCAAUACUGCAAAUUGUUAAUGGGGCUACGUUGCAAGUGGUUCUCUGCCUUGACAAUCAUGUAUACAUAUCGAGAUUUCUAUCAUGAUGACAAUUUAAAGGGAUGAGUAAUUGUUUUCCUCUAAUAAAUCCAAUUAAAUCAC